AUGCUUUUGGAAUCUUGCUGGACAGCUCUUGUCCAUUUCUUCAGCUUCCAAUCUUUGUUCACAUCCCAGCAGUCUCCACUUCCGCCUGGUGGGGAAGUGAAUUAUCCAUCCUCAACUACUCCAGCGUCAGAGCAGCCGACUCCCACAAAAGUACUAAAAUUCACACCUACUGCCGCAGCGAUUGCUUGUGAGUAUGAAGGGCUGAGUGAUACAUACGUUGCUCUACCUAGAGGUGAUCAGAGGACUUGGCUCAAACCUAAACCUAAUGUCAACGGUACAACCUACGAUAUUCACACGAACUAUGAGACGACAUGGCCCAAGGGCAUAGUCCGGGAAUACAGUUUUACAGUUACCGAGUCGGGUGAGCUGGAACCUGAUGGUGUCAAAAAGGAGGCGGGAAAAUACUUCGAUGGGGAAUAUCCUGGUCGUCGGAUUGAGGCGUGUUGGGGCGAUACUGUCCGCGUCCACGUCAAGAACAGCCUGCAGUAUAAUGGGACUGCAAUCCAUAUGCAUGGGAUCCGCAUGUUCGAAACUGGGUUUUCCGAUGGCGUUCCGGGCGUCACCCAGUGUCCUAUUGCUAAAAAUGACACCUACACUUAUGAGUUUACCGCAACCCAGUAUGGCACAACGUGGUACCAUAGCCACUAUAGUCUCCAAUACACGGAUGGCCUACUUGGACCAAUAACUAUUUACGGGCCUGCGUCGGUUGUCGACUACGAUGAUGCCCUUGAACCGUUGAUGCUGGCGGACCGCAUCCACCAGGGUGCCUUCGGGAGGUGGACUUGGGUGACGGUGGAGAAUCACAACCCACCAAUUCCCAUGGAUACCAUUCUUAUCAAUGAUCACGGCAGUGCGGCUGGCAAAUUUCAGAACCUAAGAUACAGGACAAAGAAAGUCACUAAGGGCAAGAAAUACCUCCUUCGACUGAUCAAUGCGUCCACCGAUACGGCCUUCAUUUUCAGUAUCGAUCAGCAUAAGAUGACAGACACACUAUAUAUUGGUAUUGGCCAGCGGUACCAUGUAAUUGUGGAAGCCGAUGCCAUAGAUGAGUGCCGGAAUUACUGGAUUCGGACUCAGCCUGCCACUGGUUGUCACAAUUUCAACUUCAAACCAAAUGAGAGGCAGGGUAUUUUCGUUUACAAUGAGGAUAAUCACGAUGAUCCCAUAUCCACUCCAUAUGUACCCCCAUACAACGGAGACUGUCGGGACGAGGAGCACAAGGUGUUGAGGCCCGUUGUCAAAUGGCAAGUGCCGCCGCCAACCCCAGACCAACUAAGAAAGGUUCAGUCACCCUGGAUGGUAUUAAAGCAAUACAACUUCACAAUGCCACCCGAAGAAGGGCAUGACGGUACAAACGACCCCAAAUGGAGCGCAUGGCAGAUUCACGAUGAUCCUGCCUGGGUAGACUACAAAGACCUGACAAUCAAUCACCUCAACGGAUCACACACGUGGCCAGCCAACGCUGCGUUAUUUGAAAUAAGAAGAAAUGAAAGCAACUGGGCAUACAUGGUGAUAGACGGCGCGCAUCAACCGAAAGAAUCAGGAACCCCCUUGGGAGAAAAGACGGUUCCUGCCGCACACCCUAUGCAUCUGCAUGGUCAUGACUUUGCUCUGCUGAAGCAAUCAUACACCAAACUCGACGACAAAUUAUUCGAUGGAAAUCAUACCGCGGAUUUGCAGAAGUUUAUAGAGACUGAACUAGAGUAUAACAAUCCGGCACGUCGCGACGUUGUCUUGUUACCCAAAGGUGGGUAUAUAGUGAUUGCGUUCAAGCUUGAUAACCCGGGCGCUUGGCUGCUCCAUUGCCACAUUGCCUGGCAUGCUUCCGGUGGACUGGCUUUGCAGAUUCUCGAGGAUAGAGAGAAGUUCCAGGAGAUAAUGAAACGCAAGAAUGCGGAUAAUCAGACUGCAGAGGAUCAGAAAAACAACGGGUGCAAGAAUUGGGCGACGUGGUAUGAUAACAAGGCGAACCGCUGGGAAAACGGAACAGGACGAUUCCAAGAUGACUCUGGUGUUUAAGUUGCCGCCUAUCUUCCAUGGUAAGCAUGCAGGAGGGGAAUGGCGGCAUGAUCUGUCUAUGGUGCGCUCGUUUGAAUAUAUAGCAGGAUGGUAAAAUUUCUUGUUCCUC